UUGCUUCCUUGGACUGACCGCAAAUAAUCCAGUCCUGCAAGAUUAAAAGCUGACCACUCGUCGUGUUUUUAUUAGUUGUUGUCAUCAGGUGGACAGGUAUACCUGCGGAACUUAAAGCUUGAACAGUGUGUGCUUUAGUGUAGUACAAAAUGAAUAUAUGGUGGUCCUUAUUGGGAUAUUUUAUUGGAUUCAUAUGCAUACAAGAAGUGACCUCAAAAGUACACCCCCUAACCAUUUCUGAUAGUCGACAUCAAAGAGGAUUGGUAAAGUCCAGAAUAAAGAGGCAGUUUAGAUUUAGCGGCAAUUCAGAAGAACAAGUUAAUAUACAAGACAGGAUUUAUUUCAAUGACGACAGCAAUUUCAACAGUUUUGAAGAACGGCAAUUUCCAAGACAAAACAAUAAUUUUCAGAACCCUUUUGGAGGAUUCCGUGGUCAGUCCCAAAAUGGAAAUUUUCAAAAUAAUUUGAAUAAUUUUGGAUUUCAAUCGCAAAAUGACAAUUUCCAGAAUAAUUUUAACAAUUUCGGAUUUCAGUCAUCCACAUCAAGACCACAAGGUUUUACUACUGUACCAAUUCCUGGAAUGGGUACCACAAUGUCUGCCUGUGAAUCAAGAUGCUUAACUACAUCCCAGUACAACCCAGUUUGUGGAGAUAAUAAUAUAACUUAUAGCAAUAUAGAGAGAUACAAAUGCGCGGUAAAAUGUGGUAAAAAUGUUAAAAUAGCUGCCAAUAGAGCUUGCUCGCCAUUUGGUAAAUAAGGAAGACUGAAGAAAACAAUUUGCCAUGUUAUAAUUCAAAAGUGAUUUUAGUAUAUAAAGUUAUAUAAAUUAUUGUUUUGUACUUUUUAAUAAAUGUAUCAAAAACUACUUUAUAGUUCCACUUGGUUCCACUGCCUAAG